GCUGCGCGUGCGCACGGUGGCGGCUGCAAUGGCGCCGCCGUGCUCCCUGAACAGGUAUCUGCUGCUCAUGGCACAAGAGCACCUGGAGUUCCGCCUGCCGGAAAUAAAGUCUUUGCUUUCACUUUUUGGAGGCCAGUUCACCAAUAGUCAGGAAACUUAUGGAAAGUCUCCUUUUUGGAUUCUUAGUAUUCCCUCUGAAGAUAUUGCCAGAAACUUAAUGAAACGAACAGUAUGUGCCAAGUCCAUAUUUGAGCUAUGGGGUCAUGGAAAAUCUCCAGAGGAGCUGUACAGUUCCCUUAAAAACUACCCUGUGGAGAAGAUGGUUCCAUUUCUACAUUCAGACUCAACAUAUAAAAUAAAGAUUCACACAUUCAAUAAAACAUUGACACAAGAAGAAAAAGUCAAACGAAUAGAUGCUCUUGAGUUUCUGCCAUUUGAAGGAAAAGUAAAUUUAAAGAAGCCACAGCAUAUAUUCUCUGUUUUGGAGGAUUAUGGUUUGGACCCAAACUGCAUUCCCGAGAAUCCACAUAAUAUUUAUUUUGGUAGAUGGAUUGCAGAUGGACAAAGAGAGCUCAUUGAGUCCUACAGUGUCAAAAAGAGACACUUUAUUGGAAAUACAAGCAUGGAUGCUGGGUUAUCAUUUAUCAUGGCCAACCAUGGAAAAGUGAAAGAAAAUGAUAUUGUUUUUGAUCCAUUUGUUGGAACAGGUGGCCUGCUGGUAGCAUCUGCUCAUUUUGGUGCCUAUGUAUAUGGAACAGACAUAGACUACAAUACAGUUCAUGGCUUGGGAAAGGCCAGUAGGAAAAACCAGAAGUGGAGAGGACCAGAUGAAAACAUUCGGGCAAAUCUUCGCCAGUAUGGUUUAGAGAAGUAUUACCUGGAUGUGCUGGUUUCAGACGCAUCUAAACCCUCCUGGAGGAAGGGCACAUAUUUUGAUGCAAUCAUCACUGAUCCUCCAUAUGGUAUCAGAGAAUCUACGAGAAGAACAGGUUCACAGAAGGAAAUACCUAAGGGGAUAGAAAAGUGUCCAGAAAGCCAUGUUCCUGUUUCCUUGAGUUAUCAUCUGAGUGAUAUGUUCUUUGACCUGUUAAACUUUGCAGCUGAGAGCCUCGAAUUAGGUGGAAGACUAGUCUAUUGGUUACCGGUAUACACACCAGAAUACACUGAAGAGAUGGUACCCUGGCAUCCUUGCCUGAAACUUAUUAGCAACUGUGAGCAGAAGCUUUCAAGUCACACAUCAAGGCGCUUGAUAACAAUGGAAAAGGUGAAGAAAUUUGAGAACCGGGACCAGUAUUCACAUCUGCUGAGUGAUCAGUUUCUGCCAUACCAAGGUCAUAAUUCCUUCCGUGAGAAAUAUUUCAGUGGGAUAACAAAAAGAAUUGCCAAGGAAGAGAAAUCUGGGCAGGAGUGAACAUUCAGAUUCUGACUAUGGAGAAAGAGUAAGGAUUUCAUAGAAAAGACAUCUGGAUGUGAACUUUCAUGUAUGAUAAAGAAAACAUGUACUGUUUUAAAU